CUAAAACAAACAAGAGCCCAUCCCAUCAACUUUCCAUCCUAGAGAGAAAAACAGAAGAGAGCAAUGACAAGUUCUCUUUCCUCCCUCCUCCUCAACACCAUCCUCUUCCCCAUCCUAGUUAUACUCUUCACUGUACCCCGGCGCAUGAUAGCUCUAGACCCCGUGUGCCGGACCAAGUGUGGCCAAUUAGAGGUCAAGUACCCUCUAGGCAGCGGCUGUGGCUGCGGCUCACCCCGGUUCCACCCAUACGUGACCUGCACACCGGCUAGCGACCAGCUCCUUCUCACCACCCACACCGGCUCUUACCCCAUAACCUCUAUAUCCUACACCACCUCCACCUUAACCAUCACCCCACCCUCCAUGUCCACUUGCACCUCCAUGCAACCUUCCAAAACCAAACUGGGUCUGGACUGGGCCAGCCCGUUCCAGCUCGGCCCAUCAACUUUCAUCCUCUUAUCCUGCGCACCACCCACCUCUUCCCUCACCAUCAAGGGCACACCCAUCUGUGAUCCAUCCCCCUCCUACCUCUGUGCCUCAAUUUACACCUGUCCAGCCGUCGUCAGCAUCGGAUUACCGCUGUUUCCUCCGACAAACACGUGCUGCAUCUACUCUCCGGCGAAUCUCAAUACGAAGGAUGAAUUAGACCUCAAUGCGCUCAAGUGUUCAGGGUUUGCAUCCAUAGUGUCACUAGGCCAGGUACCAACGGACCCGAGCCAGUGGGAAUACGGGGUGGCAUUGAAGUACACACUGGGAGGGUGGGAUAGUUACAAUAGUGCCACCAGUUGUCAUGAUUGCGAGAUGAGUGAUGGGGUAUGUGGGUAUGCCCCUCCUGGUAAUUCUUUUGUAUGUGUUUGUAAGGAUGGUUUCAAUACAACUACAGACUGUUACAACUACAAUCGCCUCCAAGGCAUCAUAUUUAGCUCCACUUCUCAAUCAACUUGGAAAAUCUGGUUGGCGAUUUUGGCUGGUCUAAUUUUAUGCAUAACACGAUGAUGAGAGAGAGAGAGAGAGAGAGAGAGAGAGAGAGAGGGAGUCUUUCUGAUCUUUUUGUGAGGUUCACUUUUAAUUUCUUCUUUUGUUGGCAUCAAUUCUCAAGUUCCUCAAGAAAUUAUAAAGAAGUUGUUGGUAUGGAAAAGAAGCGAAGGAUGAGAAUAUUAUCAACUAAAGGACUGAUAUAUGGAAUAAAGGUGAAUUGUGACAGAGCAUCUUCUGUGUGUGCAUGAAUUGACAAUGUCCACCACAUACUGAGUGUUCCAAGGUCGGGUCAAAAUUGAAGUCCGGGUUGAUCAGAUGGACCCCUAUUACUAUUAAAAACCAAUUUGGAUUUUGGUCAAGUAUUUUAUUUUCAGAAAGAGGUUUUGGGGAAAGCCCUAUGGUGAUGGGUAAUGGAUUAAAUGUUGGGCUUUGACUAUAGAACUAGGUCACUUCAAAGCCCAUUUGCCAAAAUAGAAAAGGCAUAAACAAAAGAUGCUCAUCAAACUAGUUUGUCAUUAACCACCACCACCACCACCAAAAAAGAACUACGUAGUAGUUUGUCAUGAAGGCUACAUAAAUAUAAUCUACAGACCUCCUGUGUUGAAAAGU